AUGCUCGCCAACGCGGCCACCAUGCGGAUCCUCAUCAAGGGGGGAAAGGUGGUGAAUGACGACUGCACGCUCGAGGCCGAUGUCUACAUCGAGAACGGCAUCAUCCAGCAAGUGGGGCGCGAGCUGAUGAUCCCUGGCGGCGCCAAGGUCAUCGACGCCACCGGCAAGCUCGUCAUCCCAGGCGGCAUCGACACCAGCACCCACUUCCACCAGACCUUCAUGAACGCCACCUGCGUUGAUGACUUCUACCACGGCACCAAGGCAGCGCUGGUCGGGGGCACGACGAUGAUCAUCGGCCACGUCCUGCCCGACAAGGAGACGUCGCUGCUGGAUGCUUACGAGAAGUGCCGCAGCCUG